AUGGUCGAGAUCAUCGGCGAAGUGAUGGAGCCGUGGAGCCCGGGCGGGGACCCCGAUCGGGACGAGGAUGACGACCCGGAGGAGGAAGAGAUCAGCUACCGCGACCUGCAGAAGCGCAUGUGGAAGGACCGCAUGCGCCUCCAGAGGCUGAAGGAGAAACGGGACGACGCCGCCGCCGCCGGAGGAGGCCGGCACGAGCCCCUGGCCAAGGAGGAGGCGUCCCGGAGGAAGAAGAUGGCGCGGGCGCAGGACUCGAUCCUCAAGUACAUGGUCAAGAUCAUGGAGGUGUGCAACGCGCGGGGGUUCGUGUACGGGAUCGUCCCCAAGCACGGCAAGCCGGUCACCGGCUCCUCUGAGAGCCUCCGCGAGUGGUGGAAGGAGACGGUGAAGUUCGACCAGAACGCCCCCCUUGCCAUCGCCGAGUACAUGUCUCAAGUCCUCGACGAAUCCGGGGAGGCUGACCCCAGUUCGUACAUGCACCUCCUCUAUGACUUGCCGGACACCACGCUUGGGUCGAUUCUAUCGGCUCUCAUCCAGCACUGCGCUCCUCCGCAGAGGAAAUUCCCGAUGGAGAAAGGCUUGGCUCCUCCGUGGUGGCCCACCGGAACCGAGCUCUGGUGGGGCAACCAAGGCAUCGCGCAUGAACAAGGGCUGCCGCCAUAUAAGAAGCCCCACGAUCUGAAAAAGGCCUGGAAAGUGAGCGUCCUGGCCAGCGUCAUCAAGCACAUGUCGCCGAAUUUGGACCAGAUGCGGCGGCUUGUGAGGCAUUCCAAGAGCCUGCAGGACAAGAUGUCAGCGAAGGAAACCGCCAUCUGGUCGAAGGUGGUCGACCAAGAGGAGGCCCUUUUGCUCCAGACACAGCGGUGCCUCAAGAUUUCGCCUUCCCAAGAAGAGAGAGAGGAAGAGAACAGGGAGACGACGUGGAGCAGCUUCGAGAAGAGGAAGUGCGUGUUUCACAGGGAGGUCGAUGAGUACACGCUGUAUGCUUGCCAAAAUGCUGAGUGCCCACAGAGCCAGCUGAGCUCGGGGUUCAUCGACAGAAAUUCGAGAACUGAUCAUGAGUCACAGUGCGUCUAUGGAGCUGAGAAAAGCGAGGAUGACACCAGCGACGGUGGUAGCAUUAAAGUGGGUAAUGCGGCUGUGAAUCAUUUUGGAUUGGCUGAGGCUGAGAGUGGAACUGAACUGGCUGAGUACGAGAGCGGGCUACAAAGUCCUCAUCACACGUUGGUGCAAAGUGCAAUGCUGAAUCUGGAUGAUUGGAUGAGUUUGGGGUCACACAAGGCUGAUAAGGAAGGAGGCGUUGGCAGUGGCGAUUCCCAUUCAAGUGACGUAGGACAGAGAGGUGGUGCUGCAAUGGGUGACUAUCACCAUGACCCCAUGAGCUAUUGGAGGAGCACAGGCGGGUUAGAGGAUCUGAUGCCGGGCAAUGCAUUCGAGAUGCAACAAGAAGAUCUGAACUUGAAUUGGAACCCUCUCCGAAAGAGACGGCAAUGGUGGCAGCAGUGGCUCUAA